ACGAUCCUCAAUGAACUGUCAAAAAUAUGUUGGUCGUAGGAAAACAGGGUUGAAUUUACCAUAUUUUUGACCUCUGUCUUUAAUUUAUUUAUUGUUUAUUAUAAGAUACUGAUGUAAUUUUAAAUUAUUAUACCCUAAAAUCUUUAUUACUAGAUACAUUGAACGUCUUGAAUGUGAAAAAAUGAUACAAUGGCCACCUAUGAAAAUUGGUUGAGUCGUAGGAAAGAUAAACCCAGUCGAAAUUUAUACAAAUUGGACACAAAUAAAAGUAAUGAAGAAAAUAUUAAAGAUAUCAUAAGAGGAUUGUAUGUAAAGAAACCAUUCCACAAUGAUAUAUCACCGACAAAAAAGAACAUGUCAGCGGAAUUUAAGACCGGGUCAAGAAGUAUGCAAAGGAGUAGUACUGAAAGUCAUAGCUUAUGUUUGUCCUACUUAAAUGCUUUAGUCACACUUUUAUGUAAGGAAGACAGGAGUAAUUUGGGGUUUACAACAGAUGAAUUGAUGACAUGCAUUCGUGUAAGCCUGGUAGAUGAGUCGAUGGUAAUAAGGGCGACAGCUUUAAGAGUGUUACGGUAUUUAAUCAAAACAGAGAGUGAUGUGGCGACAUUUAAUAAUUUGAAGUUGUCUUACCUUGUUACAAGAUCUAUGGAUUUGAUGUUGCGUAAUGAAGAUGAGAGAGCCCAGGCACUGCGUGUAGUCCGUCGUAUAGUGGCCGUAGUUGGCCCCGCAGGACAAGUACUACAACAGCAUAGGGGAGCUUACAUUGAUCCAGGCUUACUACGAUGUCUUGCGGCCGUCGCUCGUGCUGGUAACUCUGGAGAUGGUGCAGGUGACAGAUUGUCUAGACCUGCAGUCGCUACUUUAGCUGAAAUAUGCGUCUUAAAUCCAGAUUUAUUUAUAUCAUGUGGGGGAGUGACUGCAGUGACGAGACAACUGGCCGAAUGUGCGACACCUAGAAUGGCUGAAGCACUGUGCGGAGUUUUAUUGCAUACCCUUAAUGACCCUGCGUCCCGAAUUUCUGCACGAAUCGAUCUAACUUGUCUAAGCUCUCCAUAUUGUGAUUUUCAUUUUCGACCUGCGGGAACUGAUUCUAACAGAGAUGAACGCGAAAUGCGGUUUACAUGUAGCCGGUUGGCGUUGCUCUGUGUUUUACGGAGUUGGCCGGGCCUGCUCCACUUCUGUCAUCCUCACAGCUCCGGCGGGCUACGUGCGUUGGUUGCUGCGUUGUAUCUACCGCGGUUAGAAGUCCGAAAAGCUAUACUCGAUUUGCUAUAUGAGUUAGUUGGAUUGCCACAACCGGAGUGGACAGACGAGAUUUCUGUAGCUUUGGAUGCAGUAGAUCCAUCAGAUUUUCAAGACUCAUGGCGACUAAACGAAGGUUUCGUCGCUGCUGAAGGGACUGCCAUAUUACCUCAUCUUAGUGCUACUGGACCUGAUAUAACUGAAAUCCAUCUUGCACUAUUACUUCAGUGUUUCUUAGAGGCUGGAUUAUUAGAUGGACUAGCUGAAGUGAUAGUUACAAGUGAUACAUUUAUAUCAGUAAGGGCAACCGUCUUAUUAGGGCAACUAUUGCAUUUAAUACACCUAUUUCUACCUCCUCAACUAUGUAAUAUAACUCCUGCACUUCCUUUGCUGAUGGCUCAGGCAUCGGCAGGCAAACCUCAAGCAUUAGCCGCUGUUGCGGCAUUGCGCAGACUACAUGCCAUGCUCGAAGCUCGACCGGCCAGCAGCAGUUUGUUCCUAGACCAUAUUUUACAGUAUUGUAAUGGUGCAUUUAAAGAAAGAAACGAAGACACUACCAAAAGUCGAAAAGAGAAAGAUAAUGCCAAUAUGGCAAAACCGAAACAAGAGAUUACCUUGCAGAAAGAGAAUAGUAUAGAAUUUUUGAAUGAAUCAGAUAACGAAAAUGAGCCAAAAAGACAUAGCGUCGGCUCACGGGCCGAUAUUGCGAAUAGGAAUGUGAGUGCUUUAGUGAAAAGUAAAAGUGUUAGUUCACGGACUAGUGCAGCUGUGAGUAAAGUAACCAAAUCUGCAAAGUUUUUUAAUUUAUUUGAAAAUGACAGUGAUAGUUUGAUUCGUUGUUCAUUGGUAAUGCAGAAUAAAGAUGGAAACACGUGGGAUUGGGAAAUUAUAAGAACAAUUUUAAAGGAAAGCGAAAACGGUCAAGUGUUGAAUCUGAACGAGAGCGGGCACAAGGCGUGGGCGGCGCGCAUCGUAAGCUACUUGAAGCCGUCGUCCAACAAGUACUCGCACACGGACCUGUCGACGGCCGGCCACGGCCACGCGGCCACACGGGCCGGCUGCCAUCUUGUGCGCCGGUUGCUCGUGCAGCGGGACGCGGACUGUCAGAAGUUAUUGGAAGAUCUGUUUAUGGACGUGAGUCGCCAGAUAGAGGCAAUAGAGACGGGUAUGAAAGCUCACGGUUGUUUGUUCAGCCCACAGCAUAUGUGCAAUACAAUGUGCCAAAUGUACUUUCUGUUCAUUGGACAACUAUGUCACUCGCCCAAUGGACUCCGGUUAUUUAAACAAACGAAGUUGUAUGACAAUCUCUUAGAUUUAUCUACGAAGACACAUCACACCUGUUAUGUCCAGCUAGUGAUAUCAAGUCUGGAUUACACUUUAGACUCCUACCCUCGCGAUAUUCUUGCCAAAACCCUCACAUGCGGCAUCCAAGCCUCCAGAUUAUACGCAACACAAUUCCUAAAUGUUCUGUUACGAGCAUCACGGAAGUCUCGUGAACUAGUACGAAGGAAGUCUAAGUUAAAGAAAAACAUUGUUCAAGAGCAUUUGAAGUCUAAUAGAGAAGAUAUUGACAACCAUGGUGUGGAUAUGGAUACGUGGAUACUGCAGAUGUUGGUUGGACAGGUGAAAGAUGAUUAUAAACCGGUAGUCAAAUGCGCACUUGCCAUUUUAGAGGAAGCCUACAGUGUUCCUACAUACUUUGAUAAGCUGAUAUCGAUGAAAGAGACGCUCUGUCAAAACUGUCGGUUGGAUAAGAAUAUGGAUCCGUCCACUUACGACUUCUCGGCCGUCGGCGACAGAGGUUAUCUUCUGUGGCUCGGGCUCGAAGUUGCCGCCGCUUCACACGCAUCUGAUCCCAAAUCGAUGACGUUUCUAAAGAAACAUCUGGAAUUUUGGACAAAAUCAUAUAACUACAGGUACGUGCGGCUGGUGGAGACGGGCGUGCACGAGGCGCUGACGCUGAGCGAGGGCGCGGGCGCGCGGCCGGCGGCGCGCGCGCGGCGGCCGGCGCGGCCCCCGCCGCACCUGCACGCCGCGCUCGUGGCGCGCCCCGCCGCCGCGCGCGCGCGCGCCGCGCUGCUCGCGCUCGUGCUGCCCGCGCACUACAAGAUAUUACAACGCAAGAAGUGCACGACUGAACAAGAAAUUAUGGAUUUAAAGGCAUCACUGUGGGCAAUUGGCAACACUGCAGUGACUGCUCAAGGUCUACAACAACUCAUGAGCCUCUCCAGUGGCUACCUAGAGGACUCCGUUCUCGUUCACAUCUUGCGUCUCGCGAAGUAUAGUUCGGCUUACUCUGUACGAGCCACGGCGUUCUAUGUUCUGGGACUGAUAGGUAGCACUUAUGACGGUGCGAAUUUGUUAUCUGAAUUAGGUUGGCUUUGCGUGAGACAUACAAGGCACGAUCAGUUUCCUCUUAUACCAGACGAAACUUACCAGGGCGCACGCGAAGCCCGUGGCAAUGAGUAUUUCGUCACGUCACCCGAGCGUCGAUAUAACUAUGACACUGAAAUAAGCGAACAUUCCGAUCAUACUGACCAAAGUAUCGCAGAGAGCUCACACUCAGAUUUUACAAAACAUUUGAGCAAGGUAGGAUCACUAUUGGCGGAGCAGCCAGAAUUAAGAGAUCAAGACGUUGUGGAUUAUAAAAUUAACUUUACCAACGAUGGACGGAGGGAACCUGAUAAGCGUAAGUCUCACACGCUUCCGACACAAGGUUGUUCUAGCGCACUCGACCGUCCAAUGCUCUCUGAAUCUAAAACGAUAGAUAUAUUGAGAGAUUGUCCCAAUUAUGAGCGUCAAGGUGGUCACCGCACUGAAAAUAAGCUUGUGAUAGGCAGGAUGAACUCGUUAGAACACCAUGAGGGUAGAGUAAGGAACACUAGUGAAUCGAGCACUAGUGGAGUGAGCAGUUGUGAUUCGUUUUUCGGGAAAUACGCUAUUCCCGAUAGAGUGUUAACUCUAAGUCCAAUACCAAGCUCUUCAAGUCUGUAUGGUAUGAAGAGUAACAAUACUUCACAACGUCCCAAAAUAACUGAACUACAACGACGCACUUCAACUUCCAGCUUUACCGGCCCUGAUGUAGCGAGUUCACCGCCUAGCCAAUUGGACAUUACAGGAUAUGCAACGCUGAAGUCAUUAAAUCGGCAUAGACGACCGCAUCUGUCGGAGAGUGCUGCGACAGGUUCUAGCGAUCUUGACGACCUAAGUUGGUUACUCAGCGACACAAAUAGGCGGUCGAAGCCUUUUUCGUCGCUACGUGAUAGAGCAAAGUCAACCAGGGAACGCAUGAACAAAUUAAGCCUGCUGGACUACGACUGGAAGCCGCUGAGUGGUGGCGAGACAGGCGAGGCGGGGGAGGCGGGCGAGGGAGCGGCGCCGCGUGCCCCGCGCCGCGCGCCGCCGCCCGCGCCGCCCGCGCACCGCCCGCCCGCCUACCUCGGCAUCUGCCUGCCCAGGGACCUCAUGGACCUCUUCCCCAGAGACGAUGAGGUUAAAGAAAAUGAAGAGUCAGAAUGCAAGAACUCAAGAAGGAACAGAGUGCCGUCGUUUCUGGUCGAAUCUAGCAAUGCCAGUACUGAAAAUAAAUCCCGUGCAACUCCCGAUAGUCAAAAGCUAGCUUCUUUUAAAGAUACAGCAAUAAUGAGUCUCACCGGUAGCCGUGGUACCGUAACCCACGCGACAAUAUCCACGACGGUUAACAACACUAGUACAUUAUUUAUAGCUGGUGAUAGAAAUACCAAAGAUAAAGUCGGUCAGAGUUCGACAAAUGUUACGGACACCGAAUCUACUGGGAAAACGAGUAUAGAACCGGCAGCCAUUAAUACAGUGGACGCUGAUAAAAGAACCGAUGGCGACGGUACAAGUACAGCGGGCAAAUACCAGGGCGCAAGUGAAGAUAAUGUCAGUAUCGGCGCUCGGAGAACCCACCGGUGGCGGCAUUCUGCGGCAGAUUGCUUAGUGUGCGUAAGAACGAGACCGCCGUCGUCACAUGAGCUACGCGAGGCAUUUUUUGCUGGUAUGGAUAGCAGUAUUGAGAUUCGUAGUCCGCCCAGCAGUCCUGUGAGUGAACAGAGUCCAUAUGCUGACGUGUUACAUCACGUCCACUUUAUGUCCAAUCCUAUACAUUUAAGACAGGCGCGAUCAGCACUGGUGUCGUUGAAGCAGCGUCACCCGGAAGUGUUUCGUAGCGCGUGCGUGUACUCGGACGUGAGCGCGCUGCUAUCCGCCGAUACGUACAUGCUGUGUGCGCGUCGCUUCCUGCAAGAACUCUUCCUUGAUACUGUUUUUGAAAGUUUUGCCGCUGUGCCCGCGCAACUGUUACAACGACAUCAGGUCGAGCUCUAGUAUCAGUCUGGUGUGCUAACUACAUCCAACAUUUAAAUAGGUUAUAAAUGCAGGGGCAUAGAUCUGACAUUGUUACACGCAUGUGCCCGGCGAUUGUGGCCAUAUGACGCGAGAAACUGCCUGCUUGGAGGCCCGUGCGCGUGAUUGUCUUAGCGCAAUCGUUUAUUAUUUUACAGGCGUUAUAGGAUUUGUAUUCUUUAUUUUUCUUUUACAAAAUGUAUAACGUUGUAGUUUUGCAUAUUAAUAGUUAUUCCAUUGACCGACGGGCAAAAAUUUGUUAUAGAAAAUAUCGGUUAAAUAUGCAGCGAAUUGUGUAUAUGUGCCUAAUUUUUUAUGAAUAGGAACAGCCUAUUUCAUAUAAGAAAAUUUAAACACUAUUCAAGGUACUAAAAUAUAGUGGAAUAAUUGAAAUGUGUUCCAACUUUUGCUCCAACUUUUUAUAUAAAAAAUAUGCGACGUAUAAAUUAAUGGAAUGGCUACUAGAUACAUUUUUCUUUAGAAUGUAAUAUAUUGUACGUGUUAAUAUAAUUUUGUUUUGUUUGUAUGACAAGUACUAUGGAUUAGAAAAAUAAAUUAAACAAGGUUUAUACAAAGGUUAUAACCAAAUUUGAAUGACAUGUUAUUGUGACGAUGAAUAUUACAAAUUUGUAUGGUAUUUUGAGUUGCAUGUUUUGUUCAUUGCAUCACAUCAUGUCAAGUGAUACAUUCUGUUUCACUAUCACAUCAAGAUGUGAUUUAGUUUUUGAAGCAGAGAAUAUAACAUUUGAAAUAUUAUAAUGUAUGUCAUAUCUACUUGCAUUAUAUACAAAGUUCGCAUUGAUCUGUUUGUUGGUAAUAAUUUGAUGGUAUGACUUCCUACUAGUGUUAAAUUUUCUCAGCUUUUACUAUAAUUUAUGAAAUUCGUUUAGUGUGUAAAAGAAGUGUAUUGUUAAUUAUUAAAAGUAAUUGUAUUAUAAACGAAUUUUCACAUGAAUUUGAAUACAAAAUAAGCUCUUUAGAUAUUGCUAAUUAGCUUAGUUGAUAAUUUAUAUUAUUUUAUAAGUUAAGUCCUCAAAUAACAUUUUAUCGAAUGAAUCUUGUCCAUUUAACAAUUUGUGUGAUUUUUAAGAGUUCUAAUAUUGUUCCUUCCUAACAAACUGAUUCUCUGUAUUUAUUGAUUGCAAUCAGAUCGCGCAUUUACUUAUAAUUCUAAUUGAUUCGAAAUAUACGAUACGAAAUAGUUUUCCCACGACGACAAUAGCUAGUGUAUAUUGUAACUGACUGAAUAUUGCACCAUUCCCUCAUCCCCCUAUAGUUAAUUUAAGUGAUGUAUCCUAGUGAUGUAUCCCACCUAAGGCAAUCGCAAAAUGUUUCCUAAUAUAGUUUUGGGUAAUUACAUGCUACAUAGUUUUAAUACACAAUUGUGUUCAAUUUAUUAUACAUAUUUGCAUUUAAUUUUAUCUUGCUCCUUAAAUCAUUGUUAUAUAAACUCAAACGGAUUUAAAAAUGUUAUAAUUUUAUGAUAUUAAUAAGCACUAGAUAAAUCCUAAUAAAUUGUAUAAAUAUUCAAGACUAAAGUAUAGGUUAAAUUAUUUUCAUUUGAUUAUUAUUUAAUGCACUUUCUGAUAAAGAAAGGUUUCAGAUACACCAGUAUUUCUCGGAACUUUAUGACAUUCAAUUUUAUAUACUUAGGUACUUACCAUAUUAUCGAUAUCUGGUCUAGAAUUAUACUUUAAAGAAUUUUUAGGUAUAAUUUCUCAUACCUAAUGUGUAUUUAUGUCUAUUAUGUCGUCUUAUUAUUAUUUUCAAAGUUGUUCCGUUGUAAGUAAAUGCUAGUCUUAUCAUACCAUUCUGUAUUAACUUGAUUUACUACUAGACCUUUCUUAUUGUUAUAUCUAUGUAAUAAAAAAUGAAUCUGCUUUAAAAUACUUCAUUUGUCAAUUUACAUUACUUACAUAAUUAUUUACAAUUAGAAUACAAUGAUUCAUAUAAUUUGAAAUUAUUUAUCAACAGAGUUUGCUUUCAUUAACAGCAGUUAAAAGCAAAAUGAAAUAUAGUGCCAUUGUGCUGGUUCCUUACGAUUAUAAUAAAAAGUGUUACAUUAUUACAGACUCAAUUAUGUCACAGUCACUAUUCAGUAUAUUAAAAAUAUUAUUUUAUACUGCA